AGGUGGACAUUGGAAGGACAGAAGGAAAGCAUGGUGUUCUACAGGCUGUUUGAAUUUGCAGACCUUUAGGAAAGUUAAAGGAGCCCGUUCUCAUUGAAGGGAAUGAAGGACGCACAGUAGAAGCUGAUGGUGCUCUGUAAUCAGCACGACUUUAUUGCACUGAGUAGGAAUUCAUGUGGAGGGGGAGGCGCCCGAGCGAGGCGAGCGGCGUGACUGCUGCCCAACGUAACAAUUAACCUUGAUAACGCAGAUUGGUUUCACUUAACAGGCACAGGUGUGUGGAGUUCCAGCGGUUCCACGUUUGUGACCGGGCACUAACGCAUUAUUAUGCCAAACGUAGAAACCAGGGAGAGUGAUUUUUGCAUCUGAUUUUUUUUUUUCCUUCACGGGACGGGGUGCAGGAUGCAACUGGAACCCGUCCGAUACGCGUCUUCUUGCAGAACCCAAAAUCAGGAACCUCAUCGAAUUAAUUUGGAGCCCUUUAUCGGAAUUUGACCGCCCUGUCAUUGCCCAGUCUACCAAUCAGCUAAAGGGCAUCUUCUCAGUAGCGGAGACAAGAAAGAGGAAAGACCUGUCCGCUUCACAACUCUCCAUCUGCGCUCUGGGUGACUUGAAAUGAAGGCCACAUAGCGGUUCUGUUCCGUGUCAAGACGCAAGCGUGGUGGUUUCUUAGGUUCUCAAGGACGCUAAAAAGUGCCCUCGGCCGAGAUGCGAAGCAUGGAGCGGGACGACACCGUGAGCGCGUCCAAAAAGACAAUAAUUGCGAAAAUAUUUAAAGUUCGCAAAAGGAGGGAAAUGCUUUUCGUUCAGGUGUGCUUUAUCUGCAGUGUCCUCUUCGUGGCAUGGAGCAUGUCGUCGUUGUUGACCAAGACAGGCCAUGGGAUGGUGGUGGAGGGACAUGCAGAUGUUGAACACUGGGGGAGAAGGCUAAUGGCUUCAGAACCAGACAACGAAACGGAGGCAAAGAACUGUUCAGAGCCAGCAAUACACGAGUUCCCUGAUGACGUUUUCACCAAUGAUGAGCGAAAGAUGGGAGCCGUUCUGCUGCACAUAGUGGCGGCACUGUACAUGUUUCUGGCCCUCGCUAUAACAUGCGAUGAGUACUUUGUGACAUCGCUGGAGAAGAUUUGUGAGAAACUAGACCUGAGUGAAGAUGUUGCUGGAGCCACCUUCAUGGCUGCUGGCAGUUCAGCACCAGAACUGUUUGCAUCCAUCAUUGGUGUCUUCAUCACCCAUGGUGAUGUGGGGGUGGGGACAAUCGUUGGCUCAGCGGUCUUCAACAUCCUUUGCAUCAUUGGUGUCUGCGGGAUAUUCGCCGGGCAGGUGGUGGUGCUGACCUGGUGGGCUGUUUUCAGGGAUUCUUUCUACUACAUCCUGUCUGUUGUGGCUUUGAUUGCAUUCAUCUAUGAUGAGAAGAUAGUUUGGUGGGAGAGUUUGGUGCUGGUGGUGAUGUAUGCUGGAUACAUCCUCAUCAUGAAAUUCAACUCCAGCAUGCAGAAAUUUUUCAUGGGGAGGUCCAAUAAGAACAUGGCCAAUGGUAACGCUGCAGCCAGCAGUGAGAUGGAGGACGUCAAACCCAACAACAGUCGUGGCUCGGUGGGGAUGGGGGAUGAGCUCAUGAACUCCAGUCCUUCAAAGUUCAGGUUUCCAGAAGCCGGUCUCCGUGUGAUGGUCACCAGCCAUUUUGGACCCAAGACACGUCUGCGCAUGGCCAGUCGCCUCAUCAUUACAGAGCGCCAGAAGUUGGUCCAAGCUGCCAAUGGCGUGGAGACACAAGUGAUUGACGGUAAGAUUGAAAUCGAGAACGGAAGCGUGCCGGAGGACAAACCCACUGAGGCAGAGGAAAACGACACCAUCUCACCGUUUCAUCUUCCAAGGAAUUUUGGCAGCAAAGUGAAGUGGCUAAUCUCAUGGCCUCUGCUCCUGUUGCUGUACUUAACUGUCCCAAACUGUGCCAAGCCCCGCUGGGAGAAAUACUUCAUGUUGUCCUUCAUCCUUUCGACUGUCUGGAUUGCAGUCUUUUCCUACCUGAUGGUCUGGAUGGUCACUAUAAUUGGUUAUACCCUGGGAAUCCCAGAUGUCAUCAUGGGCAUCACUUUCCUGGCAGCAGGCACAAGUGUCCCAGACUGCAUAGCCAGUCUUAUUGUGGCUCGGCAAGGUCUGGGAGACAUGGCAGUGUCUAACACAAUUGGCAGUAACGUGUUUGAUAUUCUAGUGGGUCUGGGCGUUCCCUGGGCAUUACAGACCAUGUGUGUCAACUAUGGGUCAGAGGUAAUGAUCAACAGUCGGGGGCUGUUGUACUCAGUGGUGCUUCUUCUGGGCUCUGUGGCCCUAACGGUUCUGGGGAUCCACCUGAAUAAGUGGAGGCUGGAUGUGAAGCUGGGCAUCUAUGUUCUGGUACUGUAUGCCGUUUUCCUCUGCUUCUCCAUCAUGAUCGAGUACAACGUCUUCACCUUUGUCAACCUGCCCAUGUGCAUGGAGGAUUAGAGCACAGCAGCGUGCCUCGGUUACCAAAACCUCAGCACUCAUCCAACUUUUUUUUCAGUAAUACUGGACCUAUCUGCACCCCAGUUCAGCUCUGUGUCUAUAAUUUGUCCUCUUGUCACACGGUGCCGUUCCUUUAUGCCCAUUAUUUCAGACACUGCACACUGCUGCAGUAAAGUCUUUGGUUUCUCUGUGCACCUGUUUAACUUUCUACCCAUCUAGCAUGCCUUUAGAUAUCGGGGACCUCCAAAAUCAUAAGUGCCCCUGUUGGUUGUUGGUGUGUAAUGUCACAUUGUAGAUUUCCAUGCAGUAUUUUCAAAGCUUUUCCACAAACCAAACCAGUCUGAAUGGGAAAAAAAAAAAUCUUACCACAAACCCUGUUUCAAAUCAAAAUCUCCAUGUCUCCUUGAAGUCAUUCCUAAAAGAUUUACUAAGUUUCCCCAGCACCCAAGGGAAAAAAGUAUGAUUCCCUUUACCUCUUGACCCCCUGAAGGAGGGCCUUGUCCUUGGCAGCUCCCCUCUUCCAACCUUGGCCAGACUCCCCUGGCAUGGUUUUUGGCAUCAGGGAGCAAAUACUGUUAGUGCUUCACAUCCCUCACCCUGUGCAACUCUUCUUAACCCUCAUCAGCUUAAACAAAUGGGCUGUGGUUUCUUAGAGAUUUUGUCAUAUUGCAGUCCAGAUUGGUUGGCUGUGGGGGUGUUAUGAAUAUGCAGCACUGCACAAUGUAAACUUGUAAACACUUUUUAAAAUUUUUUUAAACAAGGUCUUGUCUAAAAUGGAAGAGAGCUUGUUGCAAACAGGACAUUGCCUGUUUUUCACUGAAACAAAUUGCACAUAGAAAUGCUUUUCCUGCUUUGUGCUGUGAGAAUUAAACUCAGAGGGGGGGUGUUCUGGCUGAUGGUGGCAACUCUGCUCCAGUGAUAUUUUCAUUCAGUAAUAGGUUGCUUCGGUUUCCCCUCUGCACAAUUUCUGAGGGGGGGGGGAACUGGCUCCAGAUCUAUGGGAUGCAUCUGAUUUUUGUCAACAUCAGGUGGCUUGUUCUCAUCAUCUCAACACUGUCUGCUGUAACAACUUAUUAUCAGUAGGGUGUGCUGUAGGGCAGGGGUUCCAACCACAGCUGUCUAUCAGGGAAAAUGGACAACUCAAAAGGUGGCAAUUGUGACAGUCUCAUGACUCUGAGUUACAUGUAGAUACUGCACUUUAACAGCUGUCCUCUCAUUCUGAAUCAACUAGUGCUUCCUUCUGUAUGGGUGUAUACAGUGUAUAAGAGACUGUGUGUGUGCAAGAUAACGUGUGCAUGUGCUCAGGCUACAUUUUUCACACUGGGCUCUCGACUCUGGACUGGAACCUUGUUAACACCGUGAGCACACCUGCCUCUGUCUGCAGUGCAUGCUGGGACAUUAAACACAGCUCCUCCUCAGCAGAGCGCAAGGCUGAGGGCUUCUGGGCAUCUCCAUGGAAACUGCCCGACCCACUUUUACAAAAAUUGGCAGCUACGAGCUACACUGCAAACCAGACAUUUCAACGUCAUGCAAAAACGCCUGUGAGGAGUCCACGAGUGUGGUGCAGAGACUAAAACCUGAAGCGUGUGGGCACUGCUUGUGUUGACAAUAUUCCUCUGCCAUAUUGUUGGCUUGUAUAUGCAAAUUCAAUGUAAAGAAUUUGUGAUAGAAGACCCCUGCAAGGUUACCAUAUAAAGAUGGGGGAUCCUGUGGAGAUGUUGACGGUGUCUCUAGUAGUACUUGGUGUUGUGAGCUCACAGGUGUGCGUUUAUGACGGCUGAGGAACUGAACCAAAGGGAUGGAUGUUUCUGGAACAGCGGCUUUGUGGGAAAUCUGAUUUCCCCUCUUACACACUCAAGGGCAUUAACUCAACAACCCUGGCUGAAGGAGUAGAGCAGCAACAGGGAAUGCGUGAACAGGUGGACAACUUUCCUCCAGUGCCCUUGAGACUUUGUCACUUUUUAAGAACCUGGUGGGAGCAGGCUUUAAUUCCUUAAAGCUCGACCCGCUUAAGCUGCUGCUCUAUUGGGGUUUACGGGAUGGAGGUGACCACACAGGGCCUACAGACUCCUACAUGCCCACUGACAUCCAUGUAUAUCUCCCUUCCUUCACCUGAACCUUUUCAGUGGGUCUUCUGUACAUACAUGACCUAUUUUCUUAUUUUUGUGGGGAAGGCACUUUUGUACUGUACUUGAGUUGAUUCAGAAUGUGCAGUGUUAAGGUUUUUUUUUCUUCUGUAUUUUUGUUGUUGCUCUAUGUGGUCAUGUCCUGGUUGCCAGGUUUGAUUGAUAAAACCGCAACAGGGGCAAAAACAC